AUGUCCUCCUCUACCACCUCCCAUAUCUCCUCUACCACGUCCCUUAUCUCCUCUACCACAUCCCUUAUCUCCUCUACCACCUCCCUUAUGUCCUCCUCUACCACCUCCCGUAUCUCCUCUACCACGUCCCUUAUCUCCUCUACCACCUCCCGUAUCUCCUCUACUACCUCCCGUAUCUCCUCUACCACAGACAGUUCAGACGGACAACACAGCUUCAAACACACCAAGGUUCUGGAACCUGCCAGGUCUCCUCACUGUGCUCUCCAUAGAGACAGUUCAGACGGACAACACAGCUUCAAACACACCAAGGUUCUGGAACCUGCCAGGUCUCCUCACUGUGCUCUCCAUAGAGACAGUUCAGACGGACAACACAGCUUCAAACACACCAAGGUUCUGGAACCUGCCAGGUCUCCUCACUGUGCUCUCCAUAGAGACAGUUCAGACGGACAACACAGCUUCAAACACACCAAGGUUCUGGAACCUGCCAGGUCUCCUCACUGUGCUCUCCAUAGAGACAGUUCAGACGGACAACACAGCUUCAAACACACCAAGGUUCUGGAACCUGCCAGGUCUCCUCACUGUGCUCUCCAUAGAGACAGUUCAGACGGACAACACAGCUUCAAACACACCAAGGUUCUGGAACCUGCCAGGUCUCCUCACUGUGCUCUCCAUAGAGACAGUUCAGACGGACAACACAGCUUCAAACACACCAAGGUUCUGGAACCUGCCAGAGACAGUUCAGACGGACAGCACAGCUUCAAACACACCAAGGUUCUGGAACCUGCCAGGUCUCCUCACUGCGCUCUCCAUAGAGACAGUUCAGACGGACAGCACAGCUUCAAACACACCAAGGUUCUGGAACCUGCCAGGUCUCCUCACUGCGCUCUCCUUAGAGACAGUUCAGAUGGACAACACAGCUUCAAACACACCAAGCUCAUUCUGUAG